AUGGGCUCAUGGAUGGUUGGCUCAGCCCUUUCCCAGUUCUUACUGCUGCUUGUGGCAGCCUUGGUUGCUAAAAAUGAAGCUUCUGAACAGAAGGCAUGGAUGAACUGUUUCAAUGACGUUGAUUAUGAGGGACUUUUAAGAAUUGCUAAAAAUGGGCUGGACAAAACUUCAAAGCCAAAGACCAUUGUGAUUGUUGGAGCAGGAAUAAGUGGGCUCACCGCUGCCAAAUUACUGAAAGAUGCUGGGCAUCAGGUUCAGAUUCUGGAAGCCAGUGAUUGUGUGGGUGGCCGGAUAAAGACCUAUCGUGAAGAAGGCUGGUAUGUGGAAGUGGGGGCCAUGCGUCUGCCCAAAAUACACAAAAUUGUCCAUGAGUAUCUGAAGAAAUUCAAUCUCACUGUAAAUCCUUUUGUUCAGACGGAUGAGAAUGCCUGGUAUUUGAUCAGGAACAUAAGGAAAAGGGUGAAAGACGUGAUGGCUAAUCCGGAUGUUUUUGGAUACCCAGUGAAGCCCAAUGAGAAGGGCAUAUCUGCUUAUGAUCUCUUUGACAGAGCGCUGAGCAAGCUAACAAAAAACUGCAAGCUUUUAAAGGAGAAACAUGACCCAGUUUCCACCAAGGAAUUCUUAAUGAAUGAAGGAAACCUGAGCAGAGGAGCUGUGGAUAUGAUUGGGGACCUCUUGGAUCUGGAUGCUGGUUUCCACACAUCAUUUUUGAAUGACCUCUUAGUAGCUCCUAUCUUUUCACAGGACAGUAGUUUAGAUGAAAUCACUGGUGGGUUUGACCAGCUGCCCAAGAGCUUCUGCAGUGAAAUGCCUGGGAUAAUACGCUUUAACUCUACAGUAGAAAAGGUUAUCCGAUCAGGCAAGAAAGUAAGGGUGUGGUUCCGCCAGGCAGGCAAACCUGUCUUAUCAUCCCUGACUGCUGACUACGUCAUCAUUACAGCUACUACAAAAGCCACACGGCUCAUCAAAUUUCUUCCUCCUCUUUCCCCAACGAAAGCUCAUGCUCUGCGUUCCUUUCAUUAUACAGGUGCCACUAAAAUUGUCUUGGCUUGCACUGAGAAAUUUUGGGAGAAAGAUGGGAUUCGAGGUGGGCGGUCAAUUACAGAUCUCCCCUCCCGGACUAUUUACUACCCAAAUCACAACUUCUCCAGUGGGCUAGGGGUAAUCUUGGCUUCUUAUACCUUGCAUGAUGAUGCUGAGUUUUUUGUUCCUCUGAGUGAUGAAAAGUGCAUUGAUGUGGUCAUGGAUGACCUAGCAGAAGUUCACAAAGUUUCUAAAGAUUAUCUCAAAUCUGUUUGCACUAAGCAUGUGAUACAGAAAUGGGCUCUAGACAAGUUUUCAAUGGCAGCAUUUGCUUUUCCUACCCCAUACCAGUUUAGUCACCUUUUCAGGACUUUGUCUAAGAAUGAAGGAAGGAUUUACUUUGCAGGAGAACACACAGCCCAUCCCCAUGGUUGGAUCGAAACAGCGAUGAAAUCUGCUAUUAGGGCAGCCAGCAGUAUUCACCGUGGUAUCCAUAAUAUAUUGCCAGAUUUAUAA